AACACCACUUAGAGCAACUGUCGCAGGAAGUAAAUGGAAGGAACAACUUAUGGAGAAGACAGGCUGGCCUCUUAUGGGGAGCAAACUUCGAAGUGCUCCAAAUAACCUCAAUAGCACUCAUUUACUCCGGAGCAGAGUACCGUGCACCAGUGCGGGCUACAAGUGCCCACAUUAACAGAGGAGACGGAGCAUUGAACAGCACAAUGAGAACUGUGUCUGGCUGCAUCCGCUCCACACCGACGAAUUUCCUACCUGUCGUAAGCGACACACCUCCUCCCGAUAUCAGGAGAAAUGCACAGUGCGCAGCGAUAAAAGCUCGUUGCUUUACAGCCACGUAACCGCUACGACCUCUGGCCAGCAAAAGCAACUCCUCCUGAAAUCUCGAAGGCCGUUCGUUCCAUCGAUGCGUGGUGCGGCUGCUUGACGCCGAAGGCCUGGGCGGAAGCCGAGAGGCAAAAGCAACGGACCAAGACCGGCGACUCACGGCUACACGGAUUCAUCCCGGCGCCGUCCUCCGAACCGCCUGGAAGCCGGCUACGCCGACGCUGCCGGGAGCGCCUAAACCGACGACGCGCCGGGCGCGGCCGAUUCGGGGCGCACGUCAUCGCGUACAAAAUGGGACGAGCAGAAGGCCCUGGAUGCCCAUGCGGAGAGCAGCAGCAAACUGAAGAACAUCUGCUGGAUCACUGCCCCACGUACACACACACGCCAGUGGAUUCGGUGAACAUCGAUGUUAAACUAGACAGAUGUUAUUAAACUUUGGUUACAUGAAUCCGAUUUUACAGCUUAAAGUUUUGCCCUACCUGGCUAUCUUGCUGAAGAUCUGUUUUUUGAUCAUACCGCAUAAAUAAAUAAAUAAAUAAAAUCUGAGCUGAGGUGUCAGAGCGUCACGAAGGAACCAGACGAAGGGACUGUGUCGGCGGGGGGCCGAGCGGCGUCCCAGUGCGUGACACACACAGAGCCCCCAAGCGCGCGCCGACUUAAGUAGCAAGUGCACUUUGAAGAAGGACAUGAUUCUGUGCUCGCGCCACCUGCAGAUCAUGGGCUCUGCACGAAGGUCCGUGCGAGACACCGGGCACAGAUCUGUGUUUGUGUGUGUGUGUGUGUGUGUGUGUGUGUGUGUGUGUGUGUGUGUGUUCGGGGGGGGGGGGCGGUCACGUGGCGCGCCCGCUAUCAGCGCCGCUCUUACGCACUUGGACAACAUUCAUCGCUCGUUCCGCGCGACUCCAGCUCGUUCUCGCGUUCGAGGUUCGACACCUGAGCAGAACGUCACCGGAUCUUCAUCGGGACCCCAGCGCUUCUGGACUUCAGACCUUCAGCACUUAUUGACGACUCCUGGGCGGGUUCUCGCCGCCUGCUCGUUCGCGCGGCUCCGCGAGCGCGCGCACACACACACACGGCGCUCGGCGGGUCGCGAAACGGAAUCAUCAUGGAUCGUCCGCGGGCGAAGCGCGUCUUGUGGAGCUUCCUGCUUCUGCUCCUGUCUCCGAGCGCCUCUGCUGAGUCUCGCCUGGGGACACUUUCACUGCGCGCAGCGGCAAAAGCCCAGUCCCGCCCCCCCCUCUUGGCCCUCGCCGGCACAGACUUUCUGCUGCCCUGCUCCUGUCCAGAGGAAGAGAAGUCCAUUCUGAUCUGGCAGAAGAACCUCAGCGUCGUGGCCCAGUAUGACCCAGAAGAUGACGAGCAGGUUGUGGACGGAAGCUUCCGGAACAGGACGCGGCUGUACUACCCGGCGGAGAAGGACAACUGCUCCCUGCUGCUGCGCCGAGCGUCCGUGAAGGACGAGGGCAACUACAGCUGCUACUACAAGAGCGAGCGGAUGAAGAGGAUCGACGUGGAGCUGCUGGUGGCCGCCCAAUACACCCCCCAGGUGGAGUCCGUUCCGCCAGAGAGCGAAGGGAGCACCGGGCCAGGCGUGUACCGCUGCCAGGCCGCCGGGGGGUACCCGGUGGGGCGGCUGCGCUGGCUGCUGGACGACCGGCCGGUCAACUCGACGUUCACGACCCGCCGGAGUGUCCGGGACCAUCUGUACAACCUGACGAGCACCGUGUCGGUCGGCGUCCCCGAGGGCGCGGUCCUGCGCUGCGUCGUGGAGAACCCGCGGUUGGAGGGCAGUGUCAGCGCUCUGCUGAACCGUCCUGCCACACAUACAAGUGAGCGAGAUAAGGAGCAACAGGAGCAGGGGCUGCAUUUGCCCAUGAUGGCUGUUGCGGUCGUGGUCUGUGUGGUCCUCAUCCUGGGCAGCGUCGUCAUGCAUCUCCUGAGGCGCCGGCAGAGAAGUCGUUACAGUGCGGUGAGCGCCCCCCCCCCCCGAGCAGAGUGCCCCUGCCUCCCAAAGGCAUUUGGUGUUGAGCAACAAUGCUGUACUGGCGCCCGUGUUGCAUAACAGCGGUCAGGUUCCUGCCAAAAAGUAGUCAAACAUGGUUCUCUUCCGAAAGCCCUUCGCAACGUUGUUGUCCGUUGUAAUUUUGCACAAUUCGGCGGUUUGUCACCAAAUCUGCCUCUGGUUGCCGAGUAACAGGUGCUUGUCUUCUGCUCCUACAGGACCCUGAAGGACCCGACGGGACCGUAUAUGAACAGGAAGAACCGCUGACCGUAGGACCAUCCUGACCACGUCCAAGGCGUGUCCAUGCUGACCAUACGGCCACGUGGUCGACGGGUGGUGGUUGGACGGACGGCUGGACGAUGGACCUGAAAGUGGGUCUUCGGGCAGACUGAGACCACGGCAGCGUGCGCUGGUGUCACACGCUGAUAUCGCACACUGGAACCGCGGUGAAGCGACAGGAAAGGGCGGCGCUCAACACUGGCGUGGCCCUGUGUUCUUAUGUAAAUUCUUCCAGCUUCUUCCUGCUCGCUGUAUUUUACGUGAUGUGAAAUGAGUUCGAGUCCUCGGGCUCUGACUGGAAUCCAGUUGCCUUGCGCGCGGGGCCGGUUUGUGGGUCCGUGUUCAACCACGCGAGGACCGCGUUUCCCGCCGCUCGCCGUCUUCAUGGACGAGUGCGAAGGAGGAGCCCUCGGGAGCGUUACGGACCAGUUCGCCGUGGGAAUGUGUUUACGCUCCCGUGGAGCGACAUUUCCCAGCCCGUCUUCGUCUGCGUGACCCGAGCGUUUGCGUUCGCCGAGACACUCUGUGUUCUUCGAGCGCGACUGGAAAAGCACUCUGACUGUAACUGUGAACUCUUGCUGCAUGUCCUGUGUGUCCUAUGUACAGCACAAAGCCCAACAAUGUGAACCUUUGGGUGAUCAGUGUAACCCUUUUUAUUUGCUUCUUGUGCACAAUUAAAGAGAUUUUUUCACCGAGAAAUGUGCGAGUCCGUCUUCUCACCGGGUCGGGACCCCAAUCCUCAGGCACUGCGGUGCAGGAGUCAUGCCCGCAGCGUCAUCCGCCGAGCACAGAGCCAGUGGCACACAGGAGAUGUGGGUCUUUCCCAGGCUGGAGGGGAAAGCAGGUGGAAUGUGUUUGCGGCUCACUGGGGGAUUCGAUCUCCACGAGAUAAACGUGAAAACUGAGUCGCGUCUCGAGUUACUGAGGUCUUUCAGAGAUUCUUUGCUGAGAUAACUUCCUGUUCCUUGACUGGCGUGGGUUCUAAACCCUGCCACAAGCGAUCAGAUACAUGCGCGUAGACCCCACAGUAGGGUAUGGCUUCUAGGUCACGGGCAAGUCUCCGGUGCCACCAGCUAGAGCGAAGAGCGCACGACCCACGGCUGGGCGGACAACAUGCACGCGAACCCCCUUGCGUGUAAACGAACCGGUGUGUUGCGCAAUCGGCAGCACCAGGAAGAACGGGCGAAAGUGGGCAACGCUCUGCAGCCUGUGAGGAAUUCUGGCACGGCACUCGUGUCUCGUGGCGCUGCCAGGGUGCCGAUCCGGGACCUUAUCGGUUCGGCUCGGAGCCCCAAGCAGGAAUGCAC